AUGCGGUGCGGUUGUGCGCGGGCGUGCCAGCACGGUCUACGCCGUACUGCUGAGCGACGUCGGCCCUCCAAGACGAGAGCCGGUUGGUUGACAACGGGGGAAGCGGUGCCGUCUGGAUCAAGCCAAACUGCCGCGCCACAAAGUUCGGCAUAUAAACCUCGGCCCCAGCCUUGGACAGGCCGCAACCAAGAAGGAGCCCCAGAUUUCCUUCAAAUCGUUCUUCGUUUCACCAUCAGGGAUCACGGAGAGGUCGUGCGCCAAAAACAACGGGUACGGCCGAGCGAGGCACACCCGGAAUUGGGACCCAGUCCUCUUGGCCAAGCCAUAGAAAAAUUUAUAACAGGAAGUCGAGGUAUUAUGCUUCCUUGGGGCCCGGGCAAACGCAUUUGCCAACGGCUCGCUGUCGGUAAUGUUGGCCGCUCCCCUCAACUCUGGGAAGUAAGCCUGCAGCCAGAACUGGAAGGCCCAUAG